UAAAAGUGUGUGUUUGUGUGUUCUUAUUGUGUGAUUUUAUAGUGUGAUCUUAUUAAAUUUUGAUUCUCUCUUUGCAAUCUUUUGUUUAAUUAUCAACCUCGUCUUAACCUUUACUACCAUCAACAAUAAUAUUUAAUCAACCACUGCAAUAUAAUCAUCAACCUUUGUUUAAUCAAAAAAUUACAUUUUUACCAACAAGAUUCUCAUUCUGCAUCAUUGUGUGUUCAUACAUUCAACAAAAAUUUCAAAGCAAAACCAGAGAUUAUUAAUUACAAUUGUUAAAUUACAAAAUAUUAAACACGACUAAACAAAAUUAUCACAAUUAAAUGGCAACUCCAGUAAUAACAACACGUUUCUCCGAUAAUUAUGAACUUAAAGAGGAGUUAGGAAAGGGCGCCUUCUCAAUUGUCCGAAGAUGCGUUCAAAGAUCAACUGGACUUGAAUUUGCGGCUAAAAUAAUUAACACCAAAAAAUUAUCAGCACGAGAUUUUCAAAAGCUUGAAAGAGAAGCUCGAAUCUGUAGAAAAUUAAAUCAUCCUAACAUAGUCCGACUUCAUGACAGUAUUCAAGAGGAAGGUUAUCAUUACUUAAUUUUCGACUUGGUAACUGGUGGUGAAUUGUUUGAAGAUAUAGUAGCUCGUGAAUACUAUUCAGAAGCUGAUGCCUCCCACUGUAUUCAACAAAUUUUGGAAUCAGUUAAUCAUUGUCACAUGAAUAAUGUUGUACAUAGAGAUCUGAAACCAGAAAACCUUUUACUUGCUAGCAAACAAAAAGGUGCUGCCGUUAAAUUAGCUGAUUUUGGUCUUGCCAUUGAAGUCAGUGGUGAUCGUUCAGCAUGGUUUGGUUUUGCCGGAACACCUGGUUAUCUAUCACCCGAAGUACUUCGUAAAGAACCUUAUAGUAAACCUGUUGACAUAUGGGCUUGUGGAGUAAUUUUGUACAUACUUUUGGUCGGUUAUCCGCCUUUUUGGGACGAAGAUCAACAUCGUCUCUAUGCACAAAUCAAGGCAGGAGCUUACGAUUAUCCAUCACCUGAAUGGGAUACAGUAACACCAGAAGCCAAAAAUUUGAUCAACUCAAUGUUAACCAUUAACCCUGAUAAACGGAUUACCGCUGCCGAAGCUCUUAAACACCCAUGGAUCUGCCAACGAGAGCGGGUUGCAUCAACCUUACACCGUCAAGAGACCGUUGAUUGCCUUAAGAAAUUUAAUGCCAGGCGUAAACUUAAAGGUGCCAUUCUCACCACAAUGUUGGCAACACGAAAUUUUUCCAGUCGAUCGAUUGUCGCCAAGAAAGGAGAAGGUUCUCAAGUUAAAGAAUCAACGGACAGUAGCAACACUACAUUGGAAGAUGAAGAUGCUAAAGAUUUAUCUCUUCAACAUGGAGUUGAACGAAGUAAAACUGUCAUACAAACUGACCAAGAGUCCAUUGUCGUUUCUAGUUCAAGGCCAAGUUCAGAGUCAAAUCAUCAUAAAAAUACUCCAAAAAUCGAAGAAAGUCCAACAAUCGUUCACAUUGAUUCAUCAGUGAAAACACUGUCCUUGAGAAGGGAAUAUACUGGGAUUGAUCCUCGUAAACAAGAAAUUAUCAAAAUAACUGAACAACUUUUGGACGCCAUAGCGACGGGUGAUUAUGAAGCUUACAGCAAAUUCUGUGACCCAAGUGUAUCGUCAUUUGAACCUGAAACUUUAGGUAAUUUAGUGGAAGGAAUUGAAUUCCAUAAAUAUUACUUUGAUAAUGCAGUCCUUACCAAGAAUAUGAAAACCAUCAAUACCAACAUUUUGAAUCCAACUGUACAUUUGAUGGGAGAUGAUGCCGCUUGCAUUGCAUACAUUCGUUUAACUCAAUUCAUAGAUUCUUCUGGAAAUCCUCAGGUGAAACAAAGUGAGGAAACUCGAGUUUGGCAUAGACGCGAAUCGAAAUGGCAAAUGGUUCACUUUCACCGAGCUCGUGCUGGCGGAGCUUCAGUUUCCUUCUUAAGCUAGUGAAGUCCAUCAACUUUUUUUUCGAUUCUGCAAAUUCUGAUACAAAUACAAAUGUUGAACUGUUGACGAUGAAAAAAACACUCUUAAAUUACAAUUUAAAAAUGGAUAAAGAUGGAAAAAGAAAACUUUUGAGAAGAAAAAAAAUCAAACGAAAAAAGGAAAAAAGGAAAAAGUCAAAGAUUCCAAGACAACUUUCGCUACUUACUGAUGAUAAUAUCUUUACUAUUAACUAUCAUUAUUAUUAUUAUGUUCAUUACCAUGAAUCAAGAUGACAACAAUUAGUAAAUGAAGAGGGAAAAACGCAAAGAGAAGAAACGAAAAAAUUGAGGAAAAUCUUUCAUGGACAAACGUUGACAACUUUCAACGAACAUGGAAAACUGAGAAAUGAAGAUUCUUGCUUUUAGUUCUUUUACCAUGAUAUGAUUGAAUGGAAUCAUGAAAAAUGAUGGAUAAAAUGAUGAGAAUGGUGGAUAAUGAUGAUACAAAGAAAUGAUAUGAAAAAAAGUGAAUAAGUUUAUUUGCGAAUAAAUUUUGUUUUCAUUUUCUUUUCUUUUCUUUUCACACUCUUUUUUGGUUAUUUUGCACUCUUUAUUUUGUAUCAAGCUGACGAGCCAACUUGAGGUGACACUUUACAGCUUCAGUUGUUAAUCAAGUCAAACAAUCAAAAAACUGAUUUACACUUUGAUUUUACGGCAAAAGAUUUAUGGAAACUACAAAAUUAACUUUGAGGGAAACAAAAUUGUCCAAAGAAAGCGUUUGACUAAAGACGAAAAUGAAAAUUUGACUUUUCACUUUUGACUCUACUUUUGACACCAUUUACCGUCAUAAUCAAAUCUGAAUCAAUCAUUAAUCAUCAAUCAAUAUGUAUAAAGAUAUAAAUAUAUUUGAGCCAGCAAAUUGUUACAAUGACGAGCGCUAAGACAAGCAAGAAACAAGACUUAACCUUUUCCUUCAUUUUACCAGUUUUUUCAAGCUGAACCAGUUUUGAGUUUCUGUCUUUUCCCUUUUGUUAACACAUUUGACAUUUGGAAAAUGAACUUGAAUCGACGAUUCUUACACUUAAAUCAUAAUUAAUCGCAUAAAGUCUAAUUAUUAACAAAAUUAAAUCGAUCGCAAAAAGUGCGUUUCAUUGUUUGGGUUAUUUGGUGUGUGAAACAGUUUUUUCAACCUUUAAUUUGUUUUCCCAGUUUGAGUGUAUUUUGAUGCCCAAAGACAGUAAUAUUAUUGGCAAGCUAAAGUAUAUUUAUAUAAUGAAAAAAAAGUGUGCAAAGGAAUCGCAAGAAAUGCAAUGAAUUUGUGAAUGGAAUACAAAAAAAAAUCACAAAAUAAUGAAGUUGAGGUGAAGAAGAGGAAGAAAGGCAUUUUCAAUGUAAAGCAAAAUGCGACUAAACAAAUGAUGAAAAUCAAUUUAUUUAUCAAGAGAGUCAACCUUUCUCUUCCUCUUCCUCUUCUCAAUAUAUUUUCACUUUUGUCUGGUUUCUUCAAGUUUACUCUUCAGUAUCUAAUGAUGAAUCCUUUGAAUUAUGAAAAGGGUUUUUUUUCAUCAAUUCACUGCCUAUUCAGAAGAAGAAAUAAAAACACCAAUUUUGAUCCUUUUUUUCGUUUCUUUGCUUUCCAUGACCUUUUUGAUCAUUCAACUUGAUCACUUCAACAUAUUUAUAUUUUAAACAAACAGUGAUAACAAUCUCAUCAAACGUUGACCCAAGAGUCUGGUUUGGGUUUGGGUUAAAAAUUCUGGUUUAAUCCAAAUCUACUUCAUCGUCAUCAUCGUCAUCAUCCUUCAUCAUAUCUGUGCCACUUUUGUUUCUCUUCAUUUUAUCCUUCAUAUGUUUUCAUCUCUUUCAUGAUGAUAAGCACAGAAUAAAACUGAUAACAAUUAAAUAAAUUAUAUAUAUAUUCACUUAUAUACAAAUUCACCUUGAUUCUUAAGCUUUUGAAAACAAAUUACUAAAAAUCUUAUUGCCUUUUGGGCCUUCAUGGUUUGGCUUGAUGAAAACAACACAAUUUCACAUUCAAAUUUCAUCUUCUUCUUCUUCUUCUUCUUCUUCUUUAGUCCUUUUCUGUCUUCUUUUUGUCUCAUCAAAUCUGCACUUUUAUGAAAUUGUAAUUUGAAUUAAUGAUAAACAAAAACAAAAAUCAACUUCACUUGUAAUUGAUAAAUAAUGUUUUGACAUCUUCAACUAAAAAAAUCAAAAAUCGCAUUAACAUUAAUCCAUAAUUUUGUUUUCCUUUUCAAACCUUUUUUCCUUUUGUAUUUGUAUUCGUCUUGAAACUCUAAAAAAACACCGACAAUUAACACCUAUGUUGAUGAUGAUUAACGCAAAAUGAUCAUUAAAAGAAAAUAAAUUAUUCACAAAA